CGCACCACCACAUACCUUUUGUCGUGUUUCUGGGCCUGAACAACGCUCGUUGCGCGCAUGCACUCAACGCGGACUUGAGAUUAUCUUGUUGAGCCGCACGACGCUCUCAGCGUCACUUCAAAUCCAUGAAAACCGAUAUCAUCCUUCCCAUGACAGAUGAGUGCAUGCAGCAAAUUGUGCAACGCGAAAAGGUGACACGUCUCGUACGUGUGCGAGAUAGACCAGCGCGGACGCGGUGUCCUGGUGACCCGCCGCUGCCUGAGGACGGCAUAGGCAACAGGAGGUUCAACGAGCGGCAUCCUGACAUGGAUAGGUGGGACUUUGCGUAUAGGGUCCGGAGCGUGCGUCAGCUUCGGAGCCCGGUGUCCCUGGAGAUGCUCAUGAAAAAGUACGGCGUUGGGAUUGCUCCGAGAGGAAUGAUAUAUACCCCAGUUAAGUUGCUGGAAGAUGUGCCGUGGUUGUCCCAGAACCUGCUGUGGAGCGACGUAGAAGACCGUGUUCCUACGCAGGUUGUCCGUACGAUUGGCGACGCAGAAGUUCCGUCCGUAUCCAAGGAUUCAAGCGCGAAGAGUGCGAAGAAGCAUGCCGUGCCAGAAGAGCCACACUCUGAGACACAUACUUCCCAGAGGCAGCGAAGGCAGUUAGAUGCAGGAACCUAGUUCGACUAUUAUGCACCAAGCUUCGCCCGUGCCGAAUACUGUACAUUGCCGCUCGCACUACCCAGUUUGUCGACAGAGCCGCUCCGUGUUACAUCGAUCCUAUCAUGAUAUCUGUGGGAUCCACACAAGGGACACCGCGUAAUUUUGAGUCGUAGGAAGAGGGAUUGCCUCGAACAGAGACCCUACCAAAGCGCAAAGCCACAUUCUGUGGAAUAAUCAAU